AUGGGAUUCAAUUCUUUUCAUGGAAUAUUACCAAAAUCCUUUGGUAAUUUGUCAAUAUUUGUUGAAUUUUUUGGUGCCAAUAAUUGUGGUAAUAAAGGUAUCAUUCCAAAAGAAAUUGGUAAUAUGAGCAACUUGAUCCAGUUAGAUAUUGGAGCCAAUGAAUUUACACGAGCAAUCCCUGACACGUUGGGUCAAUUAAGAAAAUUGCAAAAGCUGAGACUUUGUUUCAAUAAACUAGGAGGGUCGAAUUUGGAAAAUCUAACAUUGUCAAACAAUCAGUUACAUAGUCAUAUACCUGAGUCCUUUGGGAAUCCGAUUUCAUUGCAAAAUUUGGAUCUAUCCAAGAAAAAUCUCUAUGGUGUAAUCCCCAAGUCAUUGGAGAGACUAGAGAACCUUGAGUAUUUCAAUGUUUCGUUCAAUGAACUCGGUGGCGAAAUUCCAAAUGGAGGGCCUUUUAAGAAUUUCACGUCAGAAUUUUUUGUAGGCAAUAUAGAAUUGUGUGGAGCAUCUCAAUUUAAGGUCAAGCCAUGCAAAGAUAAUAAAACCAGAUUAUCAAGCAAUACCAGAUAUUUGAAGUACAUUUUACCAUUAGUUGUUGCAUUGAGUUUGGCCAUUGUUGUGGUUUAUGUAAUAAGACGCUAUAGAAGAAGUAUAGUUCCACUAGCUCACUCUACUUCUCUCAUCACCAUCAAGAGGAUUUCAUAUUAUGACGUUCUAAAUGCUAUUGAUAAUUUUGGUGAAGGGAAUCUUAUUGGCAAAGGUAGUAUUGGUUUAGUGUACAAGGGAAUAUAUUCAAAUGGAAUGAUAGCUGCAAUUAAAGCUUUCAAUCUAGAUUUGGAAGGUUCAAACCAAUGUUUUGAUACUGAGUGCCAAAUAUUUUGCAACAUUCGUCAUAGAAAUCUNGCUUUCAAUCUAGAUUUGGAAGGUUCAAACCAAUGUUUUGAUACUGAGUGCCAAAUAUUUUGCAACAUUCGUCAUAGAAAUCUUGUCAAGAUAAUUACUAGUUGCUCUAACCUUGAUUUCAAAGCCUUGGUACUGGAAUAUAUGCCUAACGGAAACCUUACAAAAUGGCUAUUCUCGAGCAACUAUUUCCUAAAUAUAUCUCAAAGAUUGGAAAUAAUGAUAGAUGUGGCAUCUGCACUCGAGUAUCUACAUCAUGGGUGUCAAUUUCCGAUUGUUCAUUGUGAUUUGAAGCCCAACAACAUACUUUUAGAUGAAGACAAGGCAGCCCAUGUUGGAGAAUUUGCCAUUUCCAAGCUUUUAACUGAAGACCAGAGAAUUUCAAUUACCAAGACGUUGGGAAUCAUUGGAUAUAUGGCUCCAGGUAAAUGA